AGAAACUUCAAUCAAGUAAUCAAAAAAAAUCUUUUGUAAGAAAAAUGGUAUUUCUCUAAAAAAUAUAAAAAAAUGUUCAAAGAAAAACAAGAAUUAACUUUAGACGCAUUUGAUAUUAUUUUUAUAUUUGCGAUUUUAACAACAAUUAUAUAUAUAUUUAGAGGAAAGUUAUGGACAAAAAAAGGAUCUAUGUUAUCUAUUUUUAAUAAUUCCACAAAUGAUACUCUAAUAAUACCAAAAAAUACUAGAAAUAUCAUUCAAAAAAUGCAUGAUUCACAAAAAAGUGUGGUUAUUUUUUAUGGAUCUCAGACAGGCACGGCAGAAGAUCUUGCUUUUCGUUUAGCAAAAGAAGGUCAUGCACGUUAUGGCUUAUCAACUAUGACGGCUAAUUUUGAAGAUUAUGAUUACGAAAAUCUUAAUGAUUUCCCCGCUGAAAAAAUGGCAAUUUUCGUCGUUGCUACUUAUGGUGAAGGAGAACCAACUGAUAAUGCUAUAGAAUUUUUUAAAUUUUUGCAAUCCAAAAAUUUAACAUUUUCUAAUGGUGAUACUAUUAAUAAUAGACCUUUAUCAAACUUAAACUAUAUUAUUUUUGGUCUAGGAAACUCUACUUAUGAAUAUUAUAAUCACAUGGCUCGUACUUUAGAUACAUUACUUAUUAAACUUGGUGCCAAUAAAAUUUCAAAAAGAGGUGAAGGAGAUGAUAGUAAUGCUACAUUAGAAGAGGAUUUUCUUAGUUGGAAAGAUAAAAUGUGGGCUGAUGUAGCGAAGAAAAUGAAUCUCAGGGAAAAAGAAGCAAUAUAUAUACCAGAAUUUGAAAUUAUCGAAGACUUAAGACUAUCCAGCUCUUUAGAAACAGUAUUUCUUGGAGAACUAAAUAAAGAAUAUCUUAUUGGGAAAAUAAAACCAUUUAAUUCUUAUAAUCCGUUUAUUGCCCCUGUUAUUGAAUCACAUGAACUCUUUUUUUCCGGAAAAAGAAAUUGUUUGCAUAUGGAAUUUAGCAUUAAAGACUCUGGUAUGAAAUAUCAAACGGGUGAUCAUUUAGCUAUUUGGCCCUCAAAUUCAAAUCAAGAGGUAGACAGAUUGCUUACUAUUUUAAACUUAGCUCAUAAACGGAAUACUGUCAUACGGGUCAAAAAUAUUGACCCUAUAGCUAAAGUACCAAUACCUCAACCUUCAACAUAUGAUUCUAUUGUGAGAUACUAUUUAGAAAUUUGUGCACCAGUAUCUCGACAAUCAUUGACUACUUUAGCACAAUUUGCACCAUCUAAAGAGGCAAAAAAAGAGACUCUUAGACUAGGAUCUGACAAAAAUUAUUUUCAUAAAAUUAUAUCAUCUCGUUGUUUUAAUCUUGCACAAACAAUGCAGUUCAUAACUUCUGAAUUAUGGACGAAGGUCCCUUUUUCGUUUAUUAUUGAAUGUUUUACACGUCUAAAACCAAGAUAUUAUUCUAUUUCAAGUUCUAGUUUAAUUUAUCCAACAAAAGUGCAUAUUACAGCAGUUGUAGAAUCAAAAUUUUUUCCAGAGAAUGAUAAUAUUUUAAACGGAGUAACAACAAAUUAUUUAUUAGCUUUAAAACAGAAACAGAAUGGGGAUAUUGAUACACGUUCCUUUGAAAUAAAUUAUGAAUUAGAUGGGCCUCGCAAUAAAUAUCGUAAUUUUCAUUUACCAGUAUAUAUUAGACGGUCAAACUUUCAUCUUCCUCAUAAUCCAACUAUUCCAAUUAUCAUGGUUGGUCCAGGUACUGGAGUAGCACCAUUUAGAGCAUUUGUUAUGGAAAGGGCAGAACAAAUGAAAAGGGGCAAGAAAAUUGGUAAAACAAUACUUUUCUAUGGAUGCCGAUACAAAAAUGUGGAUUUUUUAUAUAAAAAUGAGUGGGAAGAAUAUAAAAAUAUUAUGGGAGAUUUAUUUGAAAUGUAUAUUGCAUUUUCACGAGAAACCAAUAAAAAAGUAUAUGUACAAGAUUUAUUAGAACAAAAUUCAUCUAAAAUAAAUAAAAUUUUAGAAUCAGGAGGCAUUUUUUAUAUAUGUGGCAAUGCUGCUCGUAUGGCUAGAGAAGUAAAUAUAACUCUACAUAAAAUAAUUAGUGAGGAACGCGGAAUAGGGAAAAUUAAAGGAAACGAGGUUAUAAGAAAAAUGAGAAAUGAAAAUAAACUAUUCGAAGAUAUUUGGUCUUAA